GGUACAGACAGGUACUGUCCGCACGCACCUGUGGAGGCGGAGCCCCGGCGGCAGCGAGCGAGCAGCCAUGGAGUGCGACUGUAAACCACAGAGUGCCUGCACGUCCUCGUCUGUCUGCGGGGAAAACGCCGAGCUGGAGGAUCUUUGGAUAAGCUCCAAAAGUGUGUUGACGGGGGCACUUACAGUGGUGGGGUUCCUGUUCUACAGAUUCUCACAAGCUCUUCCAUUUUUAAUAAGGUGGCCAAUACGUCUGUUCUGCUCUCUCACCGGUUUGUCCUCGUUGUGGAGCUGGCUCUCCCGUUUGCUGAGCACCGUUCGAGGGUUACAGACUUUAGUGAAGUGGCUGUCUCCUCUUUGGAAGUUCAUAUUAGCACUGCCUACCAAACUCAGCUGGGUGCCAGCGGUAAUCAAAGCUGUUGCAGGCUCUCUCACUAACAUAAAGAAGUACCUGCUGGCUCUGAGAGACCUCAUCCAGCGCCUGAGAGAAAACUCCAAAGGCAAGUCCCCGAAAAUUGGACAGUCCACAAAUCCUGGCACUCUGAGCGGUCCUGCCCCUCUGGCGCCCGGCCCCUCUGAUGCCAGGCUGCGGGUCAUUCUGGUUGGGCCCCGGGGGGGCGGCCGGAGCCGGUUGGGGGACACCCUGCUGGGCUGCGCAGGGCUUCCCGGGGCCUCCGGGCACUGUGUGAGCCAUCGGGCCGUCCUGGGAGGGAGAGAGGUGACCGUUGUGGACACCCCGGAUCUGCUGGGCUCGUCCCUGGGAGCCGCGGGACGGGCGCGGGAGGCCCUGCGGAGCGUGCAGCUGGCCAGCCCGGGGCCACACGCCUUCCUGCUGGUGAUGCGGGCCCCCGGGGCGAGCGGCGCGGGCGGCGGGGACGAAUCAGAGGCCUUGAAGACGCUGCUGGACCUGGUGGGGGAGGGCGCCCGGGGUCACGUGCUGCCGGUCCUCACCCACGCGGACUCCCUCGGGGGCUCCCCCGCGCUCGCCCAGCUGCUCGGGGGGGCCCCGGCCGGCCUCCGGGCCGCCCUGUCCGCGUGCGGCCAGAGGGCGGAGCUGGCGGGCAACGGGCCCGGCUGCCCCCUGCCCCAGAGGAGGGCCCUGGCCUCCAGGCUGCUGGAGAGGGUGGAGGAAAUGAAGGCGCUCGGCGGCCAUUACGUACACGAGCUGCAGCGGAGGGAGGACCGCAUCAGGGAGAAGCUGCUGGAGGACAUGGCCGCUCUGCUGGAGAGCAGGCUGGAAGUGAGGGAGAAGGAUGCGUGAAAUGAGUGCCUUUGAGCAGCCAUGGGCUUGGACUUGGAGUGUGGGACUUGAGUAUUCAUUUUUUUUGCAAGGUGAUGGUGCUUGAAUAGUACUGGAGAGGAGAAACUUGAAUGUAUGCAGUUCUAUGGAAUUUUUGUAUUUUUUGUCAAUAAUUUAAGUGAGGGGUUAAAUCUGAAUGCUUGGAA